ACAAGGCAUGAGUUUUCAAUGAAGACUGCAUAGAUCUGCAGUCUGUCCAGCUUGCUGGAAAGAGAUACCCCACGGGAGCCUAAGAAUUGGCAGUCCCUGGGCAAAGGACCAUCCACAGGACCCAACAGUCCCUAAGCCACGGUAACUUGCUGCCUGGCAGACUGCAGCAGCUGACCAGACAGGACCAUGGCUUCAAUGCUGUCCUCGGGGGGUCCCAGUCUCGGGCUGACCUGCGUGCUCAUGCUGAUCUUCACAGUGCUGCUGCAGUCCCUCGGCAUGGCCGUGACUUACGUGUACUUAACCAACGAGCUGAAGCAGCUGCGCGACAAGUACUCCAAAAAUGGCAUUGCUUGUCUCUUAAAUGAAGAUGUCAGCUCUUGGGACCCCAAUGAUGAAGAGAAUCUAAACAACCUCUGCUUGCAAAUAAAGUGGCAACUACGAAAGAUGAUUUUGAGAACCUUUGAGGAAACCAUUUCUACAGUUCCAGAAAAACAGCGAAAUCUUCUCCACACAAUAGACAAAGUACCUCAGAGAGUAGCAGCUCACAUAACGGGGACCAGUCGAAGAAGAGGCCUAUUACCAACUCCAAGCUCCAAAAGUGGAAAAGCUUUGGGCCAGAAAAUAAACACCUGGGAGUCAUCACGAAAAGGACAUUCAUUCUUGAAUAAUUUGCACCUGAGGAAUGGAGAGCUGAUUAUCCAAAAAAACGGGCUUUAUUACAUCUAUUCCCAAACAUACUUUCGCUUUCAGGAACCUGAGGACAUUCUCGAAAGAGUUUCAAGAGAAGAGAACAGAAGGAGAAACAAACAAAUGGUACAAUAUAUUUACAAAGUCACAAGCUAUCCUGACCCUAUACUGCUGAUGAAAAGUGCUAGAAAUAGUUGUUGGUCGAAAGAUUCAGAAUAUGGACUCUAUUCCAUCUAUCAAGGUGGAAUAUUUGAGCUUAAAGAAGAUGACAAAAUUUUUGUAUCCGUAACUAAUGAGAGAAUGAUUGACAUGGACCAAGAAGCCAGUUUUUUCGGGGCCUUUUUAAUUGGCUAAAUGAUCUGCAAAGAAAAAAACAGUUCCCUCAAAGUGACCUGUCACUUCAGGGUCAUCUGCUCGUAAGGCAACACGGGCAAAGCCGCGGUGAACACAUUUUUGUUCACCUUUUUUGUUGCAUUUUGUUCUGCAACACACAUUUUUAAAAUAUCUCUGAAAAGUAACCAACUUAUUCCCCAAAAAUGAAAUUGCUAAAAGACCUUUCAGGGUUCUACCUGAUAAAAGUUUGCUAACAGAAAUCAAGAUUCUCACUUUUCAAAUGCUUGUGUAGCAAUUAACAUCUUCUGUAUCAUCCAUUCUUAUGGGGAUUCCAGAAGAAAGAGGAAAAAUCCAUCUCUUAGGUAGUCACAAAUCACAUUGGUAGCUCCCAGAUUGCCAUAAGGCACAACGUUCCCAAAGUUGAAAGAAAGGGACACCACGAAAAGGUCAUGGUCUUGGGAGGCAACUCUCUGUCGAUAUGUGCAGUGUGAAAAGGAAGUUUGCAUUGUGUAGGACUUCACAGGAGUUGCCUCAUACAACUGGAUUUGGUGGAAAUAAGAAAAUUCCACUAGAAAUAAUAUCAUUUUGUUAAAAAAAAAAAAAAAAAGUUGCAGUUAUGUUCCGUUAAAAAGGCACUGUUUCUAAUGGUUUGUGCUACCAAAAGUCAAGCUGCCCAAAAGCACUGAAGAUAUAUAUAUAUGUAUAUAUGUAUAUAGAUAAAUAUAUAUUGUUGUUGUUGUUUUUUACUGAAGCUAUUUUUGAUUAAGGACUUUAUAACUAGUGAUUUGUUAAUCAGAAAUCAGGGAAUGUGGUCUCAGGUGAGGGGGAGAAAUGGAAAAGUGUAAAUAACAAAUAUGGGUAAAUCAGCAGAAAAGAGCCAAAUAAAGUCCCAGCCCACGUCCACUGCCAAAUGUCAAUAUCUAGAAUAUUGGCUUAAGGUUGUACCAUUUAUUUGCUCCUGCCAGAAGAACAGUAAUUACUUUUACCUUCCAAAAUCAUGACAUAAAACAUUUCAUGUCAUCAUUUAAUCUAAGAAGUUGGAGAAAAAUAUCAUGUUUCCCGAAAAAUAAGACCUAACCAGAAAAUAAACCCUAGCAUGGUUUUUUUCAGGAUGACAUCCCCUGACUAUAAGCCCUAAUGAGUCUUUUGGAGCAAAAAUUAAUAUAAGAACCGAUCUUAUUUUUGGAGAAAUAUGGUAGUAGUUGGAUUAUUUGUCUAAUCUCUUUUAAUCUUUAUUCCUAAACACAGCAUAAUUUAUACUCUUUCGUUGUAUGCUCAAAUUUUCAUUUAAAUGUGUUCUGAUCAAAUAGGUUUUUUUCAAAAAAGCUCAUUCAAAUUUAAAUUUACAACACUCUAUUUUUUCCAUAACUGUAAUCAAGUACUUACAUAUGAACAAAUUGACUUGUUAUUCUGUUUUUUUAAAGCCUGUCUUCUCUCACUAGAAUAUAAAUCCUGUGAUAGAGAGAACAUUUAGUCCUGUUACAUCUGUAUCCCCAGUACCUGGAAUAAUACCUGCACAUAGUACUGAUACAAAAUAUAUUUGUAAAUAAAUAACUGAAUGAAAGAAAAAAAUGGAA